AUGGAGCCUCCCACUGCCAUAAUAGUUGGUGGCGGCGCUGGCGGCAUCGCUGUCGCAGCUUGCCUCGCCAAAAAGGGUUACAAAGUGACGGUGGUCGAGAAGAAUGCAGACAUCGGAGGGCGAUGUUCUCUAAUGCAAGAGAAUGACUACCGCUUCGACCAAGGUCCCUCCCUCCUCCUCAUGCCGUCCUUCUUCCACCAGAUAUUCAACGACCUGUACACCUCCAUAUCCGCCGAAGGCAUCACCCUCCGCAAAUGCGACCCCAGCUACCGCAUCUGGUUCCCGGAUCACGACCACCUCGACUUAUCCACUGAUAUUCCGUCGAUGAAAGAGCAAAUAGAAGCCCACGAAGGGCCGUAUGGAUUUGAAAGGUUUCUGCGCUUCCUGGUCGAAUCCGGCCGACACUACAACUUAUCUUGCGAACAUAUCCUGCACCGUAACUUCGCAACCAUCUGGAGUCUACUCCGAUGGGACCUCCUCUUCGCCUUACCCAGACUCCACGUCUUCGAAAGCAUAUAUACCCGUGCGAGUCGGUACUUCCGCUCCGACAAACUCCGCCAGGCAUUUACAUUCGCCAGUAUGUACCUUGGUAUGAGCCCGUUUGAUGCUCCAGCGACAUACUCCUUGCUACAGUAUACCGAGAUGACAGAUGGGAUAUGGUAUCCUGUCGGUGGAUUCAGAACUAUCCUCGACGCCCUCGUCAAAAUGAGCAUCCGCCACGGCACCACCUACAUCCUCAACACCCCCGUAACCUCCAUCGAGCUCAGCGACGACCAUCAACACAUAACGGGCGUGCGACUCUCCACCGGAGAAACCCUCUCAGCAGAUAUAGUAAUCGUCAACGCGGACCUAACCUACGCAUACAACAACCUCCUCCCCAAAACCACCUACAGCAAAUCCCUACAAAACAAGCCUACCUCCUGCAGCAGCAUCUCCUUCUACUGGGGACUAGACACCACCCUCCCCAACCUCCAAUCCCACAACAUAUUCCUCCCAGAUUCAACAACAUACAAAUCCAGCUUCGACACCAUCUUCAAAAAACACCAAAUCCCAGACCAUCCCUCAUUCUACCUGCACAUCCCCAGCAGAAUUGACCCCUCAGCCUCACCCCCAAACACAGAUGCAAUAGUAGUCCUAGUCCCAGUCCCCCACCUCUUAUCCCCAUCACCUUCCUCCUCGUCCUCCUCCUCAUCACCAACAUCCCCCCUAAACCCCCACAACAUAACCGCCUACUGGCACGAAACAACCCAGACCAUCCGCUCCCUCAUCCUCAGCACUAUCCAUGACCGCACAGGCAACUCCAUCGAAUCACACAUCGUGUGCGAGAGGAUCGAGACCCCACUCACCUGGAAAGAGAAAUACAAUCUGGAUCGCGGGGCGAUAUUAGGUCUUUCGCAUUCAUUUUUCAAUGUGUUGUGCUUUAGGCCGAGGAUUCAGCAUGAGAGUAUCGGGGGAUUGUUUUUUGUCGGGGCCAGUACGCAUCCCGGGAGUGGGGUGCCGGUUGUGCUUGGGGGGAGUGGGGUUGUUGUUGGGGUGGUGGAGGAGUGGGUGAGGAGGAUGAAGAGGGGAGAUAUAAGGAUGAGUAAGGGGCGGUUGUGGAUGUGGGUGGGUGGUGUUGUUGUUGUGCUGAGUGUGAUUGUGGUGAUGGUGAUGGGCAUGAGGAUGAGGAUGGGGAUGCGUGAGUGGUUUUGUGGGCUAGAAGACGCGUGGAUGGAGAGUGGUGAUAGGUCGAGUUGGAGGAUGUUGCUGUGUGCUAUUUUGGGGAUUGGGCUGGUGCGGAACUUGUGUCUUGCUUGUACGGGGGUGCCUGCUGAAUUGUAG